CCUCUCCCGGCAUUCCCCAUUCCUGCCCCUGUUUGUUUAAAUCCCGGCCUGGGAAGUAUGGGCACCGUUCAGGGUCAGCCUCACCACCAUGUUUCUUCUGACUCCAGUCCUGGUAGCACUUGUCUGCAUUUUGAUGGUGUGGAUCUUUAAAAAUGCUGAUGGAGGCACAGAGCGAAGGAAGGGGGAGGCUAGAGCCCAGGCCGAGGCUCGUCCCUGGGUGGAUGAAGACUUGAAAGACUGCACAGACGUCCACCAAGUGGAGGAAGAUGCUGAUGAAUGGCAAGAGUCAGAGGAGGACGUUGAACACAUCCCAUUCUCCCAUACCCGUUAUCCUGAGAGGGAAAUGGUUCGGAGAUCCCAGGAAUUUUACGAACUUCUCAAUAAGAGACGGUCUGUUAGAUUCAUAAGUAAUGAGCAAGUCCCAAUGGAAGUCAUUGAUAAUGUCAUCAAAGCAGCAGGAACAGCCCCAAGUGGGGCCCACACAGAGCCCUGGACCUUUGUGGUUGUGAAGGACCCGGACACGAAGCAUCAGAUUCGGGAGAUCAUUGAGGAGGAAGAGGAAAUAAACUACUUGAAGAGGAUGGGUCCUCGAUGGGUUACAGACCUGAAGAAGUUCAGGACCAACUGGAUUAAAGAAUACUUGGACACAGCUCCUGUUUUGAUUCUCAUUUUCAAACAAGUACAUGGUUUUGCUGCAAAUGGCAAGAAAAAGAUCCACUACUACAACGAGAUCAGUGUUUCCAUCGCCUGCGGCAUCCUCUUAGCUGCCCUGCAGAACGCAGGACUGGUGACUGUCACGACCACACCUCUGAACUGUGGCUCCCGUCUGAGGGUGCUCCUGGGCCGCCCUACAAAUGAAAAGUUGCUGAUGCUGCUUCCCGUGGGGUACCCCAGUGAAGACGCCACGGUGCCUGACCUCACACGGAAACCCCUGGAUCAGAUCAUGCUUUUUUACUUUUUAAAAACUUCAUAGAGGACAGAAUUAUCAGAAAUUUUAACGUAGCCCCAAGAAUUCAGGUAUGUGAUGAUUUUUUUUUUUGAUGGAGGUACUAGGGAAUAAAUCCAGGACCUCCUGCAUGCUAAGCAAGUGAAUUUUAAUUUACACUGAUCAAACGGCCUUCUGCCCUUGGCUCUCUGGUGGCUUUUAGGCAAGGAUGUGCUUUUGAGAUAUGCUCUUCCUGAACUUCAUGGAUAUUUCACCAGUUUUUAAUAAGUAACCUUUGAAAUAAUUAAAAUGUCUCAAGCGCAGAACAGAACAGUGUGUGCUUGCGUAAGUGGGUUGGACUGGCAACCAUCUGGACACAUUAAUGGUUAGUUGCCCUGACCAGUGUGUGUUGGAGCUGGCUCGCACCAGUUCACAGAAGCUGAGUGUUAAAUAUUCGGGAAUUUUGCAAGCCAGUGAUUAAACCAUUUGUAGCUUGAAAUUGCCCAUUGGGGGAGUACUUAUACCAUCACAAUGGACAGACAUACAAAUCAGGGUUUGCUUUCUUUUUCUUAAAGAGAACUGCUUUCCAUACAUGAGGGAGCACUAAUUGUGUCCCCCUUCUUUUCUACUCUCUGCCAUGAAACACGCUUAUCCUUUUUCUCCAGAUGGCAGUCAUGCUGUUUGAAACUGAUGGGGUCACAAGUUACCAGGAGGCAGAUGCCAGUUUUUGUCUUUCACCAAUGAUCUUCUGUCUUCUCUACCAGGAGUGCUGCUCAUGCAGGUGCAUUCGUAAACAUAGCUCAGAUAACUGCUCAUCAAGCAACUCUACUCAUCUCUCCAUCCCCUCCCACUGUCCUUUUUCUCUUCUAUUUUUUUAAACUCAGUUCCCUCCAGAAAAAUCGCUCCUGCCUCUCUUCAUUUCAUUUGCAAGUCACAUUGUGCAUUGAUAAGAUCUUUGAUGGUAUCACUGAUAAGAGUCAGAGCUGGUGGCAAGUCUGUAUCAGAGACAAGGAAGACUUUUUCCAUUUAAAAUAUAAUUAGAUAUUACGAGAACUUAUGCUGUUGAUCUCUUUAGUACCCCAAAGUCUCUUUUAGAAUCUCUAAAAUCUUCCAUCUAAAUCUUUUAUCUCUAAACAUGCUUUCCCCAAGUCUACACAUUUUACUAAAUGCAAAAUUUCUUACAUUUUGUUUCUACUCUUUUAAAAAAAAUUACUAGUGUUGUAAUUGGUAUUUGUCUUGUCUUUAUGUAAAUGAGCAUUAUUUUAACUACGUUGUGGCUUUAAUUAGACUUAUGUGAGCUGAGAACCUAAUCACUGUAACUCACGUUGUUUUUAACAAGAAAAAGAUACUCUGAGUUGCACUUUAGCAUCACAGUGCAAAGAAAGCAAAGUUGUAUUUAUGAAUUUCUUUUCUAUUUCUUACGUUUUGGAACCAUUUGAGUCCAGGGAGUUCUUUGCUAGUUUUAGUCCACCCUGCUGAGAGGCUGAGGGCACCUUGCUCUUGGGCACGGGGUGGAGAGGGAAUCACCAGUGGUGGGCAGGGGUCUUCUAAGUACAGUCACUUGAAGGAAAGUGAAAGUUCAAGCACAAGUUAGGGCCCUCGAGCAAAAAGUUGAUCUGGUCUCAUUCUAAUCACAUCACCCAGACACACAACCCUGAUUUUUCCUGGAUGCUCAACAAAGUUGCAAAGGUAUAGAUUUGGGGAGAGCUACAGCUGGCUUUCUCUUUGAGGGGUGGAACUACUAGUAAUUUUUAGCCUGGACAGCACAGCGCAGAUGAGCCUGGGUUCAAGUCCCCUCCUGGUGCCCACAAGCUGGGUGGCCGUGGAGAGCUGAACCUUUCUCAGCCUCAAUUUCUUCAUCUGUGAAAUGAACCUGAACACAGUGCUUAUCUCAGGACUACUGUGUGACUGCGUGUGGUGGUUCCCAUGGUUCCCGGCAUACGGUGGUAACACUUAGUGCUAGCUUUUCCUCUGGGCUCUUGAUACUAUUAUUAGUGUUAUUAUCACUAUUAUUAACCCUACGUGCCAUGCACAUUUGACCCCAUUAAAAAUAAAAUGACACCCUUUAAAAGCCUUGCCCUUCAUGCACUAAAUCAUCUUAAACUGUAAAUGCAGCGAAGGAAGAUCCCACAACUGAAAACCCUCUUUCCCAACUUUCCCUCUCUCUCAAUAUACAUGCAACCCAUGUAUGACAGCUGCUCCCAAGGUAUCUGCCAUCCCCAUUUGUUAACCAUUUCAGCCUUUUGUCACAGACUGGCCCUGUGCAAGCUCUCUUGUAUCCUUUGCUUCUUUCUGUUCUCUGCAUCUAUUUUUUCCCUCUCACUUUUCACAGUUAUAAACCCAGCUGGCCUUUCCGGCUUCUUCUGUCCUCACCACCUGCUCUCCCCCAUACAUCGUUCUGAUCCUGGUAAUAAAGGCCUAAUAAUAACAGGUGAAGGGAGGCCUUUCUUAAUAGGUGGGGGAGGGGAGAGGGGAUGAGAUGGUGUAGCCUCAUAUGUCAAUAUCACAUCAAGGUCGUGUCCAUGAAACAGUGGGGGCAGCGGGUGUAAUGCUUAAGCAUAUGAGCUUAGGAGUCACACAGCCUGGGUCCAUAUCCCUGCUCUGUCAGGGAUCUAAAGGGGAAAAUUCUUAAUUCUUAUUUUGUGGUUGGCUUUAUUCCUUUGAUAACUAUGUAAGCUUAAAAAGCUAAAGCUCUAAACGUUCUUAGAAACAAUGAACAGUACAUAUAUGUAGAUUUUAAA